AUGAAUUAUAAAAAUAAUGAGAAACAUAUGGAUGAAGAAAAUGAUCAGGAGAGUGAUGAUGAUUUUUUUAAAGUAAAUAGAAAACCUCACAUUAAUGAUGAUGCCGAAGAAGAAGAUGACGAUGAUGAUAUUAAUAAUAAUAAUAGUAAUAAUAAUAAUAAUGUUAAUGGGGUUGAUCUAGAUGAAGAGGACCAAGAUGAUUAUGAAGAUGAGAAUUAUCUUGUAGGAGAAACCAUCGAAAUUGAUGAGUCGAAAGUGAAAAGCGAAAAAACGGAAGAAGAUAUAUUUAACGAGAAUAAUUUAUUACAUGGAAUAAAAACAAGAGAAUUAUUAGAACAAGAAAUAUUAAUUCUUUUUAGUAACAUGUUAAAAAAAGAAACGAUUUUAAGUAAAGAUACUAAAAAUAAUAGUAAUGAUGCUAUGGAUGAUUUGUCAUCAUAUAAAGAUGAUAUGAUUGAUGAUAAAGAAUUAAAAGAUUUUGAGAAGUCUAGUUUAAAAAUAAAGAAUAAAGAAGUAUAUAAUUUUAUAUAUAAUAAGAUGAAUUUACAUAUUAAAGAGAAUAAGAAAAAAGAAGAAAAAGCAAAAAAGAAUAAAAUACAUAAUAAUGAUGAAAAUAAUAAUAAUAAUAUAAUGAAUUAUAAAAAUAUAGAUAAAACACAUUAUAUAUUAGAUAAUAAUGUUGUUCAUAUAUUAAAUGAUAUAAAUACUUAUUUAAAAAGAGAAAGAGAUUAUAUGAAUAGAAAAUUUGGAACAUAUAUAGAUUCAACAUAUAAAAAUCCUAUGUAUGUAACAUUAUAUAUAUUUAAUAAUGAUAUAUUAAAAGAUAUUAUAUUACAAGUAAUAGAUAUUAUUAGAAAUGAUUAUGAUCAUGCAAUAUAUAAAGAUAUAGAUGAAAAUCAAUUAAUAAAAAAUAUAAUAAUCUUAAUAAAUAAUUUAACAACUAGACCAAGUAAGGAAUGGUUUGAUUAUUGGAAGAGACAUAUGCCUACAUUUAAUGAUAAAAAAAGUGAAUAUAAUGUAUAUAAAUAUUUACAAUUACAAAAAAGUGAUAGAAGAAUAUUAUAUGAUACUUUAAAGAAUGAUAUAUAUAUUAAAGAAUUACAAAAAAGAUCUGAUAUAUUAGAUCAAUAUCAAAAAGGAUUACAAAGUUUAAAAUGUUUACUAGCUAAUAAAAAUUUCUUAACAAUGCUAAAUGAAUUUAGAUAUAAUUGUCAGCUUUUUAUUGAUGCAGAUUAUAGAGAAAUCGAAGAAAAUGAAAAAGUUAUCGAAAUGGAAAGGAGACAAAAUGAAUUACUUGAGGAGAAAAAAAAAUUAAAGGAAGAGUUGGAAUCUUAUCAAGAUGAUGAUUCAACGGAUGAUGAGACUAAUGCGAGUGACCAAAUGGUUGAUCAAAAGGGGGGUGUCACACAUGAUAAAAUAAAAGACAAUAUGGAUGGAAAUAUGGAUGGAAAUAUGGAUGGAAAUAUGGAUGGUAAUAUGGAUGGAAAUAUUAAUGACAAUAUUAAUGACAAUAUUAAUGACAAUAUGAAUGACAAUAUUAAUGACAAUAUGAAUGACAAGAUAAAUGUAGGAAAAAGAAAUUCUUAUAAAUCCCAUUCAGAAAAAAAAAAAAAAAAUAAUGUGAUAAGAAGCAAAAUUUACAAUAUAAAAAAACGAAUAAGCAAAAUUAAUGAUGAAUUACAUGAAUUAUCAAAUUUUUUUUUAACAGAUAAAAUUAAAAGAGAGAAAUUAAUGUAUGAAUAUAAUGAAAAUGUCUUUUUGGUUCGUAAUAUUUUAACCCAAGUUUUAGGUAUAAGAAAUAAAACAGAAAAUCGAGAUAUUAAUUUAAAUAAUAUACAUUAUGCUAUACUACAAAAUAUCUUAGAUAAACAUGGAUGUCUUCAUUUAAUAAUUGAUGAAAUGAAAGAUUUAUUUGAAAAAGAAAUAAAAAAAUAUGAAGAAGAAACUAAUAUCUAUAUACCAUAUAUAAAACAAAAUACUAUGAAACAAAUAUGGGAAUACAUAAGAUUAUUUUAUAAUAUUAUAUGUUAUAUUGAUCCAAUUGACUUGGUCAAAUCAUUAACAUAUCAAAAAAAUAAAACAAAAAAAUAUACACCAAUAAAUAAUAAUAUUAAUAAUAAUAAUAAUAAUAUUAAUAAUAAUAAUAAUAAUAAUAAUAUAUAUAAUAAUAAUAAUAAUAAUAAUAAUAUGUAUUAUAAUAAUAAUAUGUAUUGUAAUAAUAAUAUAUAUAAUAAUAAUUAUUAUAAUAAUUUGAAUUUAAAAAAUGUUGAAAAAGAUAUGAACAAAAGGAAAAGCAUGGGAAAACAACAAAAUAAAAGGAAAAGUAAUUAUAUAAAUAUAAAACAGAAAAAUUUAAUGAUCACACAUCUUUCUAGAAUCAAUCCUUUACUAGCGAAAUCUAAAGUAAGGAAACCAAAUGAAGAAAAACAUUUAAAAAAAAGGAAAAAGAAAUUUAUAGAAAGAAAAAGUUUAAUAGAUCACUAUGAAAUAUUUUCUUUUGAAGAUUUUUCUUUUAAUAUGUUUUCAGAAGAUCGCUUAUUUAAUAAAUAUAAUAUUUUAGAUAUAUUUGAUUAUAGUAAUCUAUAUAAAAUACAAGAUUUUCUAAAUAAUAUUAUAGGUAUUAAUGAAGAAUUUGAAAGUAUAUAUGAUAAUGAUGAUAGUUUUCAAUAUUCAUUAAAAGUAUUUUUAAAUAUAUGCAUAAAAGAUUUAAGAAGAUGUAUAAAAGAAUUUUAUAAUUAUCAAUGGGAUAUCAAAAUUAUUUUAAAUAUUCAUGCAUGGAUUGUAACUUAUUAUACUAAUUUAUAUAUAUAUGAAAAUAGGAAAAGAUUUUAUAAUUCUAGAAAACAAAAAAAAAAUAUAAAAAAUUAUGAAAUGAAAAGAGAAGAUGAACAUAUAUCUUCAAAAGAAUAUACAUAUCAAAAUGAAUCUGAAAUUAAAGAUUAUCAUCAUCAUCAUCAUAAUAAUAAUAAUAAGAAGGAAAAUGAAUAUAAUCAAAAUUAUAAUAAUUCUAAUUAUAAAGAACAAGAUAAUGAUAUAAUAAAUCAUAAUACAUAUUUUAAAAAUGAUAAUCAAAGUGAGAAUUCAUCAUUAUUUAUUUCUAGAAUUCAAAUGGUUUUAGGUUUACAAAUGUAUAUAGGAGAUAAUAGUAUUCAUUCAGAAUUUUUAUGUGAUACCUUUCAACGUGUUAUAAGAGAAGAAAAAAUGAUGAAAAAUAGUAGUCAAGUUAUAUUAUGCUGUUUAAGAUGUCUAUAUGCAGAUCUUAAUUUAUUAGAUAUACAUUCUUUAUCUACAGAUGAAAACGUAAAAUCUAUAUGUAAAACAUCAUUAGACAAUUUUCUUAAAAGAAAUAUAUUAACAACUUUAAGUUGGAUCCUACAAAAUUUUAAAAUAUUAAGCCAUGAAAAACAUAUUUUUAUAUAUUCUUUAAAAUGUUCAUUGCUUAUAAUAAAUUUAUUAUCAAAAUUGGGUGGAACCACAUAUAUAGUAAAAGAAAAAAAAAAUAUUCAUAAUGAUCAAGAUGACGAAGAUAAUAAUAAUUAUGAUGAUAAUGAUGAUGAUAAUAAUAAUAACUAUGACGAUUACUAUAAUACAAUGGAUAAAAAAAAAUAUAAAAAACAUUAUAAUGAACCUAUGGAAAAAAUCGAUGUUUCUGAUUUAGUAGAUGAAAUUUUUAACGGAAAAAUAGUUAAUAUAUGUAUGAAUAUUUUAGAAAAUUUUAAAAGAAAUAGUUUAUAUAUAAAUGAUUUAAUUAUAACAUAUUUUGAAUAUUUAAUAAAACAUAAAAAUAAUGAAUAUAAUUUCUUAAUAUUUUUUGAUAUGAAAUAUUUUCUUAUAUUUAAAGAUAUUAUUAAUGACCCAGAAGCAUAUAAUAAUCCACAUUAUUAUUGGAUACCAUCUUUCUUUGAAAAUAUUAUUGCAUGCUUUUUUAAAUUAUGGAAAAGCAAUUAUUUUAUUGUUAAUGAACUCUUAUUUACAAAAGAUAUUAAUAGAAAUAAUUCAAAUUUAUUAAAUGAAAAAUAUUUAUUAUCUAUAUUUAGUAAUUAUAAUGAAGGUAAUGAUCCAUUCAUCUUUCAACAAUUAAAUGAAGGUACUUUUAUAAAUGAUAUAUUUAUUCAAUUAAAUAGUAAAAAAAGAUUAGAAUCUUUAGAAUGGUCUAAUGAUGAUAUAGAAAAUCUUAAAUUCUAUUUUAAACAAUUUAAACACAUGCAUAAUUUCUUACCUUUUAUAAGCGAAAUGUUAAAUAAAUCAUCUAAUGUAGUAAAAAAUCAAUUAAUAUAUUUAAAUUAUUUAGAUAAAAGAGGAAAAAUUAUAUAUGAUGAUCAAUAUGAAACUGAUCACAUUCUUUCCUCCUCAUCCUCAUCCUCCUCAUCAUCAUCAUCAUCAUUAUCAUAUUUAUCAUCACAUAGUAACAAAUCAGAUAAAUCCUUAAAAAUGUCUUAUCAAAAAAAAAAACAUACAGAUCAACAUAUUAAUCAUCAUAAAAAUUAUCCUACGAGAACAACAAAACAACCGCUUCUUUAUACAAUAUAUAAAUUAAAAAAAUUAAAUUAUAAUGACAAUCAAAACGAUCAAACAAAUUUAACUCUUAAUAAAAUUAACUGUAAUGUAGAUACUGUCUUAGACGAGAUCAACAUUAAUUUAAAAUCUUUAUAUGAAUUAAAAAAAUUAUCGAAAAAUAAAAUAUUCAAUAAUAAAGCUUUAGCAUUUGAUAUUCCUUUAAGUAUAUCUCCAGAUUUAUUAGAACAUCAUUAUUUUAAAAAAUUAUUAAAGCUUAUAGGAUUUUUAUAUAAUGAAAAUGUAGAUGAAUGGAUAUUAAAUGAAAGUUUAGAUUUAGACAUUUUUAAAAAAACAGUAGACAAAUUUGAACAGUUAUAUGUAAUGGAUAUUCACCAAUUACAAAAAAAAUUAUCAUUUAAUAAAUCGAAUGUUCAAACAAAGCGUCGUGGAAAAAGUCAGACUCAAAAUGACGAUGACUACGAGGAGGAACACGUUUCUUCUCACACGGAGAGUAAUAAUGAGGAGAAUGAUUAUUAUGGAUAUGACCAUAUGGGUGAUACAAAUGACAGAUGUGAUGAUACAAAUGAAAGGUUUGACGAUAAAAAAGACAGAUGUGAUGAUUCAAAUGACAGAUGUGAUGAUUCAAAUGACAGAUGUGAUGUUUCAAAUGACAGAUGUGAUGAUUCUAAUGACAGAUGUGAUGAUUCUAAUGACAGAUGUGACGAAGGAACAGAUAAGAAACCUAUGGGUGAAGAGGAAUUACAUUUACGCAUUCCAUCUAUAAAAAUAAAAGGUACAUUGAAACUAUUAAAAUUAAUGCAUGAAUUUUUUAUUUCAAAUGAUGAUGAUUGUAGAUUAUUUUUUAAUGAUUUAAUAAAUACCAUCGAAGAGAAAUGUAUUGUUAUCUUUGAAAAAUUAAAAAAAUAUAAAGUUGAUUAUAAUAUAAUAAAUAAGAAUAAUACAACAAAUGAAAAUAAUGACAAGCCAUAUAAUAAUUAUGAUAAUAAUACACAUUCUAAUGAAAUAUGUUUUGAAGAUUAUAAAAUAUAUUUAAGUGAUAAAGAAAAAAAUAUUUUAAAAGGUAGAUGUAACCAUAAAAAUAUUCUAGAACAAAUUUUAGAAAUAUUAGGUUUAUAUAUUUUUUUUAAUGUUCCAUGUUUGAUUAUAAGCAAAUAUAUAAAAGAAGAAGAGUUCUAUGAUAGAAUUACAACUAUUAAUAAUCAUAAAACUUUAAGUUUAAACGAGUUAAAUAAUAUUAUAAAUACAAAAGAAGAAGAAAUCAAAGAAAAAAAAAAAAAAAAAAAAGAAGAAAGAAAACCAAGUGCACAUCAAAAAUUUGCAUUUAUUAAAAGCAUAUGUGAAUAUUUAAAUUAUAAAUAUAUUAUUAUGAAUACUUAUAAAAAUCAAGAAAACACAGAUGAAAAUAACAACAACAAUCAUAAUGAUAAUAAUAUUAUUUAUAAUAAUACAUAUUCUAAAUAUAAAGAUAUAUAUUUUGGUGAUGAUAAAUUAUUAACGCUAUUAUAUGAUAAGUUAAAUCUAUGGAAUAAUAGACGCAAGAAAAAAAAUGAUGACAUUUUGUUGGAAAUACCCAUCCCUCAAUUUGUUGAAUCGAUAUGUAAUAUGGUGACACCAGGUGGAGAAUCUGAGAACAAACGUGAUGAAAUGAAUAAAAUAUAUACUAAAGAAUAUGACAAUAAUGAUGAUAAUAAUAAUAAUUAUCAUAAUAAUAAUGAUAAUUAUCAUAAUAAUAAUAAUUAUGAUAAUAAUUUUGAUUCGAAUUAUCAAGAAAAUACUCAAAAGAUAUAUUCUUUAGUUAUAGAAAUAGGAGUUUGUUUGAAGGGAAUAUAUCAAGAUGAAUCUAUUUUAAAAUGGAAGUGUGAACAAGUAUCAAAAGAAUGGAUGAAAAUCAUGUUAAAAUUAUUUUAUAAUAUUCUUUAUGAUAGUACAUAUAAUGUUAUAGAAAAAUUAUUUAAGGAAUAUAAAAAUAUCAAAGAAAUCUUAAACGACCAGUCUGCUGAUUUCUUAGAUCUAUAUAAAUCAGAUAAAAAGAAAAAAAAGAAAAAGAAAGAACUCAACCAUGUUGAGAAGGAGAAUCAACCAAAUAUUGAUGAUAACGAAAUAUUCUUUAGUAAAGAAUAUGAAGAUAAUCAUAAUAGGAAUGAAAAAAAAGAAGUACAAAAAGAAUAUAACAUAUAUGAUAAUAAUGUGAACACAUUACCAUUUACAAAUAAUAUUCAAGAAGAAAUAACAUUUAAUAACAUAAAUAAUGUAAUUAAUGAAUAUAUUCCAAACGUAGAUAAUAAUAUUAAUGAAACUACAAAUAAUGUAUCAAAUGAAGUUAAUCAUAUAAGUCAAAAGACAAAUAAAAGAAAACUCAAUGAUAUAGAAUUAAAAGAACAUGAUUGUUCUGAUCUAUUCAAAAAAAGAAAAAUAGAAAAUACUUAUAGAAAUACAUAUAAGAAAAAUAGAAAGAUUAUCAUUAAUUCUUUAUUAACAAAUAAAAAUAUUUUCCAAUAUAAAGAACAUGAUAUUAUUAAUAAGGUCAAGCAAAUUUUUAUUAAGGCAAAACAUAUGGCAACUAAUGGGGAUCUACGAAAUAGAUGGAAAUCUCGAGAAGAUGUCAAGAAAAUCCUUUUAUUGUAA